GCAGGAGCAGGAGCUCAGACGGAGCGCAAUGGUCUGCUGCAGAGACGCUGCAAAAUGCCGGAUGGACGAGUCGCCGUGCGGGCAUGGAGCACUCUCACUCUCAUAGCGGCGCUGUGCAGCCUCCCGCCCCCGUCCCACGCCUACUUCGGGCUGACGGGGAAUGAGCCCCUGUCCAUCCUACCUCUGAGCUUCCAGCCCGAGGACGGACCAGCGAGGGCACACUACAAACUCUGCGACCGGCUCAAACUGGAGAAGAAGCAGCGCAGGAUGUGCAGACGAGACCCGGGCGUGGCCGAGACGCUCAUGGAGGCCAUCAGCCUCAGCGCACUCGAGUGUCAGUAUCAGUUCCGCUUCGAGAGGUGGAACUGCACCCUAGAGGGGCGCUACAGAGCAAACAUCUUAAAAAGAGGUUUUAAAGAGACAGCGUUUCUCUACGCGAUCUCCUCAGCUGGUUUGACCCACGCCAUGGCUAAAGCGUGCAGCGCGGGACGGAUGGAACGCUGCACCUGUGACGAGGCUCCUGACCUGGAGAACCGAAAGGCCUGGCAGUGGGGGGGCUGCGGGGACAACCUGAAAUACAGCAACAAGUUUGUCAAGGACUUCCUGGGCAAGAGGUCCAACAAAGACCUGCGCGCACGCGUCGACAUGCACAACAGCCAUGUUGGCAUGAAGGUCAUUAAGGCUGGCGUGGAUACGACCUGUAAGUGCCACGGCGUGUCAGGCUCGUGCACGGUGCAGACGUGUUGGCGUCAGCUGGCGCCGUUCCACAAAAUCGGCAUGGUGCUGAAGCAGCGCUACGAGACCGCACUCAAGGUAGCCAGCGCCACCAACCAGGCGAAAGGUGAGGGCGAGCUGCCCCACACACCACCUCGCACCCGAGCCGAGCCUUUCUCACGCACCUCUGACCUGCUACACAUCGAGGACUCGCCCAACUUCUGCCAGGCCAGCAUGUACUCGGCAGGGACGGCAGCACGGAAGUGCCACAAGGACAAGAACUGCGACGCCAUCUGCUGUGGGCGUGGCCAUAACACACAGAGCCGCGUGCUGACCCGGCCGUGCCAAUGCCAGGUGCGCUGGUGCUGCUACGUUGAGUGCAAGCAGUGCACGCAAAAAGAGGAAGUGUAUACUUGCAAGGGGUAAAAAAAUAAAAAAUAAAAACAAUACUCCAUCAACAAUACUACAUGGACAACGAGGGUUUCUGAGCCUGACUGGAAAAGUGACGGACGGUCGUACACUUUGGGACCAAAAAAGAAAGAAAAAAAAAAACAAUAAUUUCUCUCUUCUGACUCGAAUGGAGGGAUUUUAACAUUUUUGGAGAAAAUAAUUUGCAGGGACUUUUUUCCUUCGACGCUCCGGAAACCUUCAGAAAAUUAACCAGGAGAGAAAAGGUGGUCCACAAUCUCAUACUUCAUGAGAACAUAUAUGUGUGUAUGUAUGUGUGUAUGUGUGUGUGUGUGUGUGUGUGUUUGCAUGCUAGCAUUAUAAAAUAAGAAACAAUAACGACAGGGGUGUGAGAUUUGUUCGAGAAGCACAUACCUUCUUCACCCACACUACAGUGUGUAUAUGCACCAUGUACAUAGGUUAAAUUGUAUUAUAAUUAUUUUAUAUAUAAAUAUAUAGAUAUAUAUUCACACCACUUAUCACAAAUAUGUAAAAAGAAAAAAAAUAAUAAUAAUAACCACUAAGCACACCAGUGUGCUCUUGUUCACUUCGAAUUUCUUAGAUUUCUUUUGACAAGGCCCUUUAGAACCAAAGCAGAAACGUGACAUUGCUUCAGGGGACAAAUUAUAAAUUUUAUAAAUUUUAUAAAUUCCCAUAUCAUAUUUCCUUCUUCUUUUCUAUGUUGACGUGAUAUAAACUUUUAUAUCUUCAAAAAUUAAAUGUACAAGUUCCCCUUACACUAAAUGUAGUCAGCCAGCCUGCACUGUUAACCAGGUAGCUAUAAGCCUCUAACAGUUGUUAGCAUCAUCAAUCAUCGUCACUUUAGAAAACUACAAAAAAAGUUAACACACCGAACACAUCUCAGCUGACUGACUACAUUUGGGGUAACAGUGACACUGGGGACGUUUAAUUUCUGUCCAAAAUAAUCACUUUAAAAUGUUUUUUUAACUUAGCAAUGAUUACUAUUCAGGGAAUCUUCUGUAAAACCACUAAUCACGUGAUCCAUCGUAACGAAUUCACUGCAGACUCGUUGCUCUGGAAGCAAUCUGACAGUUUUCACGAGAGCCUGAAUAGACGGCGCUUCCGACCCCCGACACAGAAAGCUAUGUCCCAAACGCUAGCGUGCGCUAAACGAACACGGGCGUUGGUUUCAUUUAUAUUCCAAUGUAAUGACGAUGACGAGCUAAUAGCUAAUGACUGAGGAUGAUUUAGCUAGCUAGCAAUUAGCUGCAGAAACAAGAUCGUCAGGAACAUCAUUUCCCUCAGAUGUGUUGGAAAUAAAGUUUAAAAAAGAUAAUGAUGAUUAUAAUAAUACACUUAGCAGAUACAGCUAACUCUAAAGUCAUAACCACGAUGUAUUUGAAUAUAUUACUCACCUGAAUGUGAAUGUUCCAGUGUUUGGGACAGAGCUUCAAAAUGGCCGUUUUGAAGGCAAAAGAACGCUAGCGUCUUCAAAAGAACACUAGUGUUUGGGACGAAGUCUUUAGCAAGAACACUAGCGUUUGGGACGAAGUCUUUAGCAAGAACACUAGCGUUUGGGACGAAACCUUUAUUGGUAACAUGAAAAAAUGUGUCUUUUAACAAAAUCUCCUACUGACAUCUUUUAAAAAGGAAAAAAAUGUACAUUUAUAACUUGCUGAACAUGUACCGUUUAGGCAUGUGCCAAAUUAAAUUUAGCUAUAUAAUACAGCUAGCUAACUAACUAGCUAGCCCUAGCUAGCAAAUGUGUUGUGUUAGCUAGCUAAAUGUAAUCGUAGAAACGACAUGAAACAGAUUCCAAAUACAUUUAGUAUAAGAUCAAACCUAUUAGUGACACAUGCCUAGUAAAUCAGUUUAUUAGCUACGUGUUAGUAAUGAGUUGUGAAAAUUCCGUUAAAGAUCUAAACGUCAGAUCCACACACACACACACACACCCUGAUAAUGCAGUGGCUGCACACAUUGAUAUUUUUGACAAGUCAGAAUUCUAUACGAUGUAAAUAUACUGUAAAUGCUUUAUAUAGAACUGCCUAUGACAAACUGCGUGCGCUCACACAACUAUAUAUAUAUAUAUAUAUAUAUAUAUCACAUAUUUUUAAUUAUUAUUUUUUAUUUUUUUGUUUCAGUAUGAUUGAACUACUGAAUGAGAGACCCCAAUUAGCGAAACAGCACAGUUAGCGCACUGAAGCUUUCCCAGUAUUUAAGGAUGUGUAUUUAUGAACGUAUAUCUGGCUAAAUAAAGUUGUAAAUAGUUUACGGUUAUGUUCCUGUGGUGUAAAGCCGAGGGUGGGUGAGGCACAUGCGCGGAGAUUCCACUGCGAAACUAACAUUCAGAAGAGAGAAAUCGCUAAUAACGUGGCUACGCUAGGCUAGUGUGGCUGAUGUGUGUUAGCCACACACACACAUUUUUUUAGCCAAAAAAAAAAAAAAAAAUCAAAAAUAAUGUAGCUUUGCUAGCAUGACUUACCGUGCACACACUUUCUUUUUCCCUCUCCGAUUUUUCUGUUGUUUUCUUUCAUUGCUGUUUUAACUGAUAUGCUAGUUCACAGUAGCAUAGUUGCAUUAGCUUAGCGUCUGUUUAUUCGUAUGAGAUUCAUAAGCAAACUUGACGGUGGCUUAUAAGUAAAAGCGCUAAAACAUAGCCAUGAUAGCUUUGAGUUUGCUCAUGAAUCUUGGUUAAAUGAAAAGUUUUAGAUUCCAGGGGGAAAAAAUUAGAUGUGUUCUGACUUUCUGGGUGUGUGUGUGUGUGUGUGUGUGUGUGUCACAUCAUUUUUGAGCUGAAUUCCAGACAGUUUUGCGAGGAGGACGCAUGCUAAUUAAAGCCAACCUCACACGCUACAUGCAAACCAUAAUCGCAAACUGGAGGACGUUGGUGUGCAUUCCUCUACACCACAGCUGCACAAAACACACGUUAGCAUUCGCUAAAUGGCCUCCUGCACACACACACACACACACACACACAUUCACAAACAUUGAAAAAAAAUGACUAAUGUUGCUAAUUAGCACAGCCGCUAGGCACUUUCCCUCCAGGAUAAAGCAGCAGCCGCGUUUCAUUUUAUCAGCAACAAAACACGUGAUUAGCGUGAUGCUAACGUUGUGUUUCAUGUCUUUCAAUUUUUAAUCUGUAAAGAAACUCUAUUUUGUAGGGAAAAUUUAAAGACGAAUUAUAAAUUAUUUUUGAAAUAUUUUAUGAGCAUGUGUACAUUUUGUACAGAUGAAAUUUUGUAUCGCGUCUUUUGUACCUAUUAUGGGUGGUUUUGGUGGGUUUUUUCUUUCUUAUUUUUGGGGAAGCCGUGUGUGUGUGUAUGUGUGUAUGUGUGUGUGUGUGUGUUUAAAUUCAGCGUUCGAUAAAUCAGCAUAAUGCCAUUAAAUGAUGAUAACUGUGCUGUGAACAGUGAUUGGACCCCUUAGGUGUGUAUCACCGCUAUAGGGACAUAUCAUAUAGGGGACCGAAUAAAUAACAAAUACAAGUUUAGUAAUCAUGCAUGCGUUCACAUUUCUACCCAUGUAGCAGAUUUAGCUGUAUAGCAUUAAUCUUAAAGAUUAACUGUAGAUUUAAACCGUCUCAGUCCAGUACAAAUAAGUGUUUUUAUUCCAUCAGUUAACAAAAAUUAUAAUCUGUCGUUCUCUUUGGCUGCUAGCAUUGCUAAAGUGCCUCUCUCUCUCAGCCAAUGAGACUGAUAUUAGCAAAACAUGUUUGUUUAAGUUUGUUUAAGUAGAAACAUCGGUUAAUAAGUGAUGGAGAGAAAUCAGCACUUGUUAGUGCACUUAGCUAGUCCCCUAGAUACGUGCCCUAGCUCAGAGGGGUCCAGUCACUGUGCUGUUCUCUCAGUUUGUGUUCAGUGAUUAGUGCAAUGCCACAGCUUUGUUUUCCCAGUAAACUGUCUCUCUGGGGCAGUGGUGUGUUUCACUAUCCACUCUGUCGUGUCUUAUUAUGGGAUGCUCAGAUGAUUUCCCUCUACCUCAUGUGUAUAGCCUGUAGGUAUAAACUGAUCAUGCGUGACUGGUAAGAAUGUAUUUAAGUUAUUUAACAUCUUUGUAUAACAAAGGCAAGAAAAUCUGAAAAUA